AUGCCUCAACAUAUCGCCAUCGCUGGUGCUGGUAUCACAGGCCUCGCAUGCGCAUACCUCCUCUCAGAAGCUGGACACAAAGUCACCGUUGUAGCACGAAACUUCUAUGGUGACAAAUCUACCGAAUGGGCUAGCCCAUGGGCAGGCGCUUUACUAGCACCACAUCCUGACACUGGUUUCACAGAUCUCCAAUUAGCGUCACUAACACUUUACCACCGUCUUUUGAAGACGGUUCCAGAGAGCGGAGUGAAGAGCCUCCGCAUAACCGAAUACUACGAUGACAGGCCCCAAACUGCAGAUGUCUGGUACAAAUCCCAUAUGCAGAAUUUCCAAACCACCCUCGAAUCUCAACUUCCGCCCGGUGUCACAUUAGGCUACUCUUACGAUGGACUCAUCGUGAACCCCAAUGACAUCCUCCCCUGGCUAACAACUCAACUCCGGAACCGAGGAGUCGAGUUCAUCCAACAAACUCUAUCCUCGAUGCAGAAUCUACGAGACCUGACAGCAGCCGACCUGCUAGUAAACGCCAGCGGCCUAGGCGCACGAGAGCUCGCAAACGACCCCGCUGUCUACGGCGUCCGCGGCCAAACCAUGUUCGUCGACUGCGCAACCUCGGGAAGAUCAUCUCUACUCCAACAAGCAAUCCUGCAUCAAGGCUCGCACUACACCUACUGCAUUCCCCGCUCAUCAGAUGGCGGCAUCAUCUUAGGUGGCGUCAGUCAGCCAUCCAACACUGAGACCCAGCCCGACAAGAGCUUACGGCCAGACAUCCUUCGACGCGUCAAUAAAAUGACGAACGGGAAAUUCGACUGGGUCGAUCUAGAGAGGCACGGCGAGGAUAUCGUUGGUUUUCGACCUGCUAGAGAAGGCGGCCUGAGGGUGGAAAGAGGAGGUGAUGUAGUGCAUGCGUAUGGUGUAGGUGGGUUGGGAUAUCUGUAUGCUUUUGGGGUUGCGGAGAGGGUCAGGGAGCUGGUCGAGGGGAACGUGAAGGCGAAGUUGUGA